AUGAUGUUUAAGUCUCUUGCCGCUGUGUCGGCCCUGUCACUCUUUGCAUCGUCUGCUAUUGCCGUCGAUGCUAGUCUGAAGAAUAAUGUUGCUGUCUAUUAUGGACAAGGCUAUGACCAGCCCCGGCUCAAGCAUUUCUGUGAACAGACCACUUCGGACAUCAUCAACAUCGGGUUCAUCAAUCAGUUCCCUCAACAUGUGGGUGACUUCCCUGGUUCCAACUUUGCCAAUCAGUGUGAUGGCGCCUUCUUCCCCGGCACCGAACUGCUUAGUGGCUGCCACCAGAUCUGGCAGGAUAUCCCCAGCUGCAAGGCUGCUGGCAAGACAGUCCUGCUGUCCAUCGGCGGUGGUAGUGCCACAACCCAGUCUCUGCCAGACGAUGCCACUGGUGAAUGGUUUGCGGAUUUCCUGUGGUACUCCUUCGGUCCUUACAAUUCAGCGGUUUCUUCAUUGGGUUGGACCGAGACCAUGCUUGGCCAACUUUACCCUCGCCCAUUCCUCACUUCUUCAGUCGAUGGAUUCGAUUUUGAUAUCGAGUACAACGGAGGAGUUGGAUACGCCGCCAUGAUCAAUCGUCUGCGCGAGCAUUACGCCACGAGCACCGAACAAACCUACUACAUCUCGGGUGCUCCCCAGUGCCCCAUCCCUGAUGCUCAGCUCAGCGACGCUAUUGCCAACUCGUACUUUGAUUUCCUCUGGGUUCAGUUUUACAACACUCAGGGUUGCUCUGCUGCGGACUACGUCCACGGCACGGGCAAGUUCAACUUCGAUGAGUGGGUCGGUGUCAUCGAGAAGAGCGCCAACCCCAAUACUAAGCUCUUCAUCGGUCUUCCCGCUUCCGAGGAUGCCGCUAACACUGGAUUCUACCUGACUCCCGACGAGGUGAAGCCCCUUGUCAAGACUUACAUGGACAAGCACCCCAAGCACUUCGGUGGUGUUAUGCUGUGGGAGGCCACCGCCGGUGACAACAAUGUCAUCGAUGGAGAAACUUACACUGAGCACAUCAAGGAGAUCUUGUAUGAUUGCGCUCCUCUCCCUGUCACAUCUACGACCGUUACCCCAACCCAUUCCUCAACUGUGCCUCCUGUUUCGUCUUCGACUGUCCCGCCUUCCACCACUUCCACCACGGUCGCUUCGUCCACCUCGGUCGCCUCUUCUAGCUCCGUUGCUUCGUCCAGCUCCGUUGCUUCGUCCAGCUCCGUUGCUUCGUCCAGCUCCGUUGCUUCGUCCAGCUCCGUUGCUUCGUCCAGCUCCGUUGCUUCGUCCAGCUCCGUUGCUUCGUCCAGCUCCGUUGCUUCGUCCAGCUCCGUUGCUUCGUCCAGCUCCGUUGCUUCGUCCAGCUCCGUUGCUUCGUCCAGCUCCGUUGCUUCGUCCAGCUCCGUUGCUUCGUCCAGCUCCGUUGCUUCGUCCAGCUCCGUUGCUUCGUCCAGCUCCGUUGCUUCGUCCAGCUCCGUUGCUUCUUCCAGCUCCGUUGCUUCUUCCAGCUCCGUUGCUUCGUCCACCUCAGUCGCCUCUUCUAGCUCCGUUGCUUCUUCCAGCUCCGCCGCUUCGUCCACCUCGGUCGCCUCUUCUAGCUCCGUUGCUUCGUCCAGCUCCGUUGCUUCGUCCACCUCGGUCGCCUCUUCUAGCUCCGUUGCUUCUUCCAGCUCCGUUGCUUCGUCCACCUCGGUCGCCUCUUCUAGCUCCUCUGCUUCUUCUAGCUCUGUUGCUUCGUCCACCUCCGUUGCCUCUUCCAGCGUCCCUAUCAGCUCUGUGACUCCUAGUCCUUCUGCUUCAUCUGGACACCCUUCCGCCACUGAAAAGCCCACCCACAGCUCGCAUGGCCACGGACACGGACAUGGACAUGGACAUGGACAUGGCUCUCACACACACACCCAUGCCCACACACACACUGCUUCAAGCUCGACUCCCCUCCCCUCGGACCACUCUUCUAGUACCACCCCUGCCUCUUCUGCGACCGAGUCUGGCGCCUCUUCCACUAGCGAAGGUGCCAUCCCGACCGGUGUCCCGUCUUCCAGCGAUGAUACUACUGGAAGCUCUAAGCCUACCGGCGUCGAGACUACAGGCGGCUCUAAGCCUACUGGCGACAACACCACUGGAGGAUCUAAGCCUACUGGCGACAACACCACUGGAGGAUCUAAGCCUACCGGCGUCGAAACCACAGGCGGCUCUAAGCCUACUGGCGACAAUACCACCGGAGGAUCUAAGCCUACCGGCGACAACACUACCGGAGGCUCCAAGCCUACUGGCAGUGAGACCACCACGGCGCCCGCUGGUAUCACCGCCACCCCCUCCGUCUCUGGCUCGCCUUCCUCUUUGGCUCCGGGUACCACCACAACUAUCAUCGUGACCUCCUACGUUGAUAUUUGCCCAACUGGCUUCACCACCAUCACCACCACCAUUACCAAGACCUGGUGCCCUGGUAACUCCCCCGCUACUGCCACCGCCACUGGCACCGCCGAGAUCACUGCCCCUACUUCCGGCCCUGCCACUCCCACUGCCGACAUCCCAGAAGGCUGGACUACUACCGUCACUGUCUGCACCCACUGCGCUGCUACCCCUACUACUGUGACCCUCACCAAGCCCGUCGCCACUGCUACCACUACCACUGAGGCUGUGUCGCAGCCCACUGCCCCUUCGGUACCUGAGGGAUACACCACCACUGAGACUUUCUGCAAGCACUGUGGUCCUACUGGUAGCACCGUAACCCUCACCAUCCCGGCACCCACCGCUACUGUCAUUAUUCCUGGUGCUGGCUCUGGCUCUGGCCCUGGCUCUUCUGGAAACGGCUCUGGCUCUGGCGCUGGCUCCGGAUCCAACCCCGGAUCUGUCUCCACCGGCGAGGCUACAGUGCCUGGUGUCGCCCCCGUGGUCCCAUCUCCUUCCUCCAAGCCUAUUCCUAGCAAUGGAGCCGGAGGCUUCCACGCCGGCAGACCGUCGUCCAGCAUUGUAUUCCACCCCUCACCCUCGCGCACUGCCGUGCCCACCGUCGCAACCACUGCUACGGGCACAACCACAGAGCCCACCGGCAACCCCGUGGGCGUGUCCCCGGUCUACACCGGUGCGGCCUCGCGUGCCAACGUGACCGGCUUCUUCGGUGGCGUCCUCGCCGUCGCUAUUUCCAUGUUCAUGAUGCUGUGA